AAACCGGCGAUUUCCGCCGAUUUCGCAAUUCAUGGCCGAAUUCAACAAGCCUCAAGCUUCCUGAUCAUUCGUGUCAAUGUGUCAGUCUUUGAUUUAUACAAGAAAAACUGUGAAAAGCGCAUUCUAUUCAAGUUCUGCCGUAUUAAGGUACCAGGUGCAUUAACUCUUUUGCAAUCUUGGAAUAGUUUCAUACUGUUGGACUGCGUUGCAGUGUGGAUACUAUCUCACGUCAGACAUCUUGACAAUGCCGCUCAAACAACACAGCCGCCAAUACGACCUAGUCGUCCUUGGUGCUACUGGCUACACCGGGAAAUACACGUCCCAGUACAUUACCACCCACCUGCCGACCGAUCUCAAGUGGGCCGUAGCAGGCCGCUCGCGGUCCAAGCUCGAGGAUGUAGUCGCCGAGUGCAAGAAGUUGAACCCAGACCGUGUGCAGCCCGGCAUCGAGAUCUGCAGCUUGACAGACGAGGAUCUGGCCAGCCUCGCCAAGAAGACCUUCGUCCUCAUCACCACCGUCGGCCCGUACGGCAAGCUGGGCGAGCCGGCCUUCAAGGCCUGCGCCGAGAAUGGCACGCACUACCUCGACGUGACGGGCGAGGUCCCCUUCGUAGCCAGGAUGCUCAAGAAACACGAAUUGGCCGCCCAAGCCUCAGGCGCCCUCUUGUUCCCCCAGAUCGGCAUCGAGUCCGCCCCGCCUGACCUCGUCACUUGGUCUCUUGCCUCCUUCAUCCGCGACUCCUACUCCUCCCCAAUCCGGGACGUAACCGUGUCCAUCCACAAUCUCAAAUCCGCCCCAUCAGGCGGCACCCUCUCCACAGCGCUCACCAUCCUAGAGAACUUUACCCUCUCGGACCUCCGCACAUCCUACAAGCCCUACGCCCUCUCCCCCCUCCCUCGCCCAUCCACCACCCGGUCCCCCAAACCCUCCCUGCUCACCCGCCUCACGGGUCUGACCACCGUCCCCAACCUCGGCCUGCUAACCACCUCCCCCGCCGGAACAACCGACGCCGCGAUAGUCCAGCGAACCUGGGGCUUACUGGGCACUGUGCCCUCGCGCAAGGCCCAGUUCUACGGCUCGCGCUUCACCUUCCGCGAGUACAUGCGGCCGCGGAACUGGCUGACGGGCAUGGCGGUGCAUUUCGGACUGGUGUUGUUCGGCCUGGUGGUGGCGACACCGUGGCUGCGGAGAGCGCUGGCGCGGUGGGUGUACCAGCCUGGCGAAGGGCCUGAGGCGGAGGUGGCGAGCGGGGAUGAAAUUGAGUACCGUGGGGUUGGGUACGUCGAUCGUGAUGAUGAUGAGGGAGGCGGGAGAGGGGAGGCGGUGAUGUGUCGGGCUUGGUUUCGGGGAAGUACCUAUUAUCUGACGGGUAUCUUGCUGGCUGAGGCUGCGGCUACGCUGCUUCAGGAGGACGUUGACCUUCCUGGCGGGGUGUACACGCCUGCGUGUCUGGGUCAGCCGUUCAUUGACCGGCUGGAGCGGGGUGGGUUUCAAUUCGAGACCAAGCGCUUGGAGCCGUAAGGGAGUUGAAGGGGGCCAGUCCAAGUGGAACACUAUUGACAAGGUCAGACAGAACCCG